CCCCCCCGCCUCCGUCUCGGCGCCGGGCGGGCGGCCCGUGGGUGAGAAGGGGCCCCAUGAGGAGCCACGUCUGACGUUGUGGCGGGAGCGGAGGAAUCAGAGAGUGCUCUCAUUGAGGCCUCUCCACUCUCUGGGACCUCGGGCGACCGAAAGCUCGUAGGAAAGGUGGCUUCUUUCAUUAUGUGUGCGUCAGUCAAAUAUAGCACCCGGGGUCCAGCCCUCAUCCCAAGAAUGAAGACCAAACACCGCAUCUACUACAUUGCUCUCUUCUCCGUUGUCCUGCUGGGUCUCAUCGCCACAGGCAUGUUCCAGUUCUGGCCGCACUCCAUAGAGUCUUCAAAUGAUUGGACAGUUGAAAAGCACAGCAUUCAUGAUGUACCUAUAAUUAAGAUUCCUGCAGAGAGCGCCAUCCCAGAGCGAGGAGACCUCAGCUGCAGGAUGCACACAUGCUUUGAUGUCUACCGCUGCGGCUUCAACCCUAAAAAUAAAAUCAAGGUCUAUAUUUACUCCCUAAAGAAAUAUGUGGAUGAAUAUGGCAUGCCAGUCAGUCAUACCAUUUCCCGGGAAUACAAUGAACUCUUAACUGCUAUCUCUGACAGUGACUUCUACACUGAUGAUGUGAACCGUGCCUGUCUCUUUGUGCCAUCUAUAGAUGUGCUGAACCAGAACACACUCCGUAUCAAGGAAACGGCUCAGGCUUUGGCGCAGUUAUCCCGUUGGGAUCGAGGAACAAACCAUCUCUUGUUCAACAUGUUGCCUGGAGGACCACCUGACUAUAAUACAGCGCUAGAUGUUCCAAGGGAUAGAGCUCUGUUGGCUGGUGGAGGUUUUUCUACAUGGACCUAUCGACAAGGAUAUGAUGUCAGCAUUCCUGUUUUCAGUCCAUUGUCUUCAGAGGUGCAGUUGCCAAAUAAAGGUCCAGGUCCUCGCAGGUACUUCCUUCUGUCCUCUCAAAUGGCUCUUCAUCCUGAAUAUCAUUCUGAAUUGGAGGCUCUUCAAUCUGAGAAUAUGGAAUCUGUGUUGAUCCUGGAUAAAUGUACCAAUCUCUCAGAGGGCAUCCCUUUUAUUCAUAAACGAUGCUACAAGAAUCAGGUUUUUGAUUAUCCUCAUGUACUUCAGGAAGCUACGUUUUGUGUGGUUUUGCGUGGUGCCCGCUUAGGACAAGCUGUGCUGAGUGAUGUCCUUCAGGCUGGAUGCAUUCCUGUUGUCAUAGCUGAUUCUUAUAUACUGCCUUUCUCUGAAGUUCUGGACUGGAAAAGAGCUUCUGUAGUGAUACCUGAGGAAAAGAUGUCUGAUAUGUACAACAUCCUGCAAAGCAUACCCCAGCGACAGAUUGAAGAGAUGCAGAGACAGGCAAGAUGGUUCUGGGAAGCUUAUUUUCAGUCAAUGAAAGCAAUUGCUCUGGCAACCCUUAAGAUUAUCAAUGACCGGAUUUACCCAUAUGCUGCUACAUCAUACGAGGAAUGGAACGAUCCCCCAGCAAUUAAAUGGAGCAGUGUAAGCAAUCCACUCUUUCUUCCGCUGAUUCCACCUCAGUCACAAGGCUUCACUGCUAUUGUUCUGACCUACGAUCGUGUUGAGAGCCUGUUCAGAGUAAUCACUGAAGUAUCGAAGGUGCCUAGCCUUUCCAAACUGUUAGUGGUUUGGAACAACCAAAAUAAAAUUCCCCCAGAAGAAUCUGUUUGGCCCAAAGUUCGAGUUCCAUUGAAAGUUCUACGGACCACAGAAAACAAACUGGGUAACCGCUUCUGUCCCUAUGAUGAGAUUGAGACGGAAGCAGUGUUGGCCAUUGAUGAUGACAUAAUCAUGUUGACCUCUGAUGAACUGCAGUUUGGUUAUGAGGUAUGGAGAGAAUUCCCUGACAGACUAGUUGGGUACCCUGGUCGCCUGCAUUUGUGGGACCAUGAGACAAAUAAAUGGAAAUAUGAGUCGGAGUGGACCAAUGAAGUCUCAAUGGUGCUCACAGGAGCAGCUUUUUACCACAAGUAUUUUAAUUACUUGUACACAUACAAAAUGCCUGGAGACAUCAAGAACUGGGUGGACGCUCACAUGAAUUGUGAAGACAUUGCCAUGAAUUUUCUUGUAGCUAAUGUUACUGGGAAAGCUGUAAUUAAGGUGACCCCCAGAAAGAAAUUUAAGUGUCCAGAAUGCACAGCCAUAGAUGGAUUGUCGCUAGACCAGACACAUAUGGUGGAAAGGUCUGAGUGCAUUAACAAGUUUGCCUCUGUCUUUGGGACCAUGCCUCUGAAAGUGGUGGAGCACCGAGCAGAUCCAGUCUUGUACAAGGAUGACUUCCCUGAAAAACUGAAAAGUUUCCCCAACAUUGGAAGCUUGUAAAAAUUUGCAGCAAGGCAAAUUGGGUGCUGGAAUCCAGUACAAUGAAAAGUACAAUGAAAAGUAUAUGGCCUUGAAUAAACAUCCCAGGAAGUAACAUGGAAGGAGGAUACAGAGAUGAAUGCCCCAUUUAGGCUUCAACAGGGGACAACAUUUUUUAAAAAAAGAACGACAAAGCAGCUGUUUCUGUACUACACCAAAAUAUAUUCUUUCCUCUCCAUGGGUCUACCAAAAUGUGAGGGAAAUAUUUAUUUAUUCCAGAGAGAUUACACUUGGAUGAAUACACAGAGAGAGAGAGAGAGAGAGAGAGAGUCUUCAGGCAUACAUAAUAGAAAACAUUUUGCUACUGAACACUUAUUGCCGUGGAACUCAUCGCUAACCUCUUAGGAAAGCAACCUUCUGUCUUUGUUGCAUGGCCCAGCCUGCCCUUAAUCUGUAUGAGGUUAUUUUAGCUGUAGCCCAUGAUAUUUACCAGUAGUGUUGACUCCUCCACUGAUACGCCAACCUUCUUGUCCAUCAGAAAAGAAAACUGGCAUGAGAAUGAGUUAAUGGUCUGUUUUACAAUGGAAGUAGAAACAAAUGGCAGGCAGUAACUUAUUUCAUUUGGGUAUGUUUAGUGAGUGUACAAGUCUCAUGUAUUCCGUUUCCAUUGUAUUUAUAAAGAGAAGACUGCACAGUUGAUCAGCUACAGACAAGCACAUAUCAAAGUGUGUGCAAUGCAUAUUUCCAUUUUGGGUUGUUGUAGGUAUGUUAGUGUCCUUUUCAUAUCAAGCUUCAAACAGUUUUCAGUUCAGUGUGAACUAGUUACCAUCUCCAAAGCAAGUGACAGUAUUGGUGGACUGGUUUUCUUGUCCCCUGGGUUCUUCCCAGGUCUUGGCUCAACUUCCCACUUCCUUUCAGAUCUUCUCGGUAUCAUCUUCUCCUAUCUGUUGUCUCCUCUUUUGCUAUCUAUUAAGUCUCCUGUCCAGGUGGUGAAGAUUAAUUUUCUGGCAUGCUUUCCUAAAGUGAUUGCGCAAUUUAGUGCUAAGACAGUAGUAUGAGAUGCAGCGCCAUAAAAAGGUUUUACUGGAUUUUAUUAAAAAGCCUUUCGUAGUCCAUCAUUAUGCACUGCGCCAUUUAAGGAUACCUAUUACUUCAGUCUGCCAUUUAGCAUAGCCAUUAUUUUUUUCCAAAAUGGAAUUUAUUCCAGUACAGUAUUGUGCUGGGGAUAAGCAGCUGCUAGCUUCUGAAUCUGAGGAAGAAUUGCCAAAUAUGCAGCAAUGGAAGGUUCACCUGCUUUGUUCUUGACCACUGGAGAGAGAAUUGGAAUUCUGACUGGCAAAUAGAAUCUGUUGCAUUAGCACCCAUGACACUUGUAGGUGCUUGUCUGUGAUGUGUUGACUGUACGUCUGAACAUGUCAGGUGUGAAUACAGAAAGGAGUUGUGACUGGCUGCACUCUCUUAUAUAAACUCAGCAGCAAAUACAAGUAUGCCUCUGCAUCAUGUGAAAACAAGAGGGAGGGGUUACCAUGUGACAUCUAGAAGCAUUUAUUUUAUGCAACAGAAUUAAAUAUGAUGUGUACAUAAAAGUGUACACUGUGUGCCAAACAAUGCCAGGAAAAUUAAUAUUGAUGUCUUCUAAGUAAAACAUUAAAAUUAGCUGGAACAGGAAGACAAAAAUGUGAAACAGACUUAUUUUCAAUCAGCACAAUGUUUAAAACUGAGAGGAAUCCUAAACAUUUCCAAACGUUCCUUACAAAGCUGCUGAAGUCCAACUAUUUUUAAAAAUUGAUUUUUUUAUAUCAAUAAUAAAAAUCUGGUAACAAACAAAAUCAAAUACCGGGCUGUCUUUACUCCAUUAAAAUUUAGAAUAUUCCAAGAGAACCACAGGAGUAAACAGAAGUGAUAUAUGUUUUUAUAAAACAAACAAUAAUAUAUGCAUUUACUGUAAAUUAUAUUAAACUAAAAUAGGGGGGGGGGGAAUGUCUACUUUAAAUAAAUCAUCAAGUGAUUAUUCUCCUACUCUGAUAAAAUUGCCACUGUGUGACUUUUUGUAGCAAGAACCAAAAUCUGUACACCUUAUUUUUGAUAGAAAGUAGCAGAGGUCAUUUUGGGGGGGAACGCGGGGGGACACAGUUCCCCCGGGUGAGGUGCAGGGGGG